AUGACUAUUCAAUCACCGAAUGAACAGAUUGGUCUUUGGCCGAUCACAAGUUCAGUAGACUGGUGUGAAAAGAAUUUUGAACACUCUUAUUACAUUGCGGAGUUUUGGAAUUCAUUAUCAAGUGUGGCAAUGAUAAUGUUUGGUGAAGUUGGAGCAAGGGUUAAUUCAUGUGAAUCAUUUCGAUUUCGAUUAGCGUUUCGUUUAGUGUCCGUUGUUGGUAUAGGGAGCUUACUGUUUCACGGUACCCUUACAAGUCAAAUGCAAGCUCUUGAUGAGGUCCCAAUGGUUUGGUCAGCAUUAACAAUUCUUCACUCACUAAUAGAAUCGAAUUAUGGUAAAAAAGGAUUAUGGUUGCCAAUCUUGUUGAUCUUACAUGCGAUCCUUUGUACCGCAUCAAUAACGAUAUCAACUGGUGCAUUACAAGUUACGUUCUUUCUCACAUCAUUUUGUAGCAUAGAGCUUGUUAGCAUGUUAUUAAUUUAUCGUAUCUAUUCAAGCAAGAAAGUAUCUCACCCUUCAAUUAAAUUAUUAUUUGAAAGGGGUGUAAUGAUUUACGUUCUAGCUAGCACGACCUGGUUGAUAGAUUUAUAUUUGUGCGAUUAUGUGAAUGGUGAAGAAAAGAGUAUACUCCCAUUUAACCCUCAAUUACACGCAAUGUGGCAUAUUUUAGCAAGUUCUGGUUUAUAUUUACUGGUGGUGUUAACCUUAUAUAAUUGGCUUUACGAGAAUGGGAAAAUGUGUAAAGUUGAAUGGUGGUUCGGAGGUUUGGUUCCCGUUUGUACGGUAUUGGAUGUUGGAAAUACCCGUUCUUUUCAUCGGGAAAGAAAAUAUUACCAAAGAGCAGAAGUUCAACACGAAGAAUCACCGGUUAAUCGUAGCAUACCGUCCAAAAGACUACGGAACGAAUCCAAAUAUCCAAAAGAACGAGCAGGAGGAGAGAAGGACGAAGAGGGAACUCAAAUGGGAAAAUAA